UGGAAGACCUCCUUAGUCUACCGCGCGGGGUCGGGCUCUUAAAGAAGAGUUUUGCUGGGCAUGGCCACGCUGGGUAAGGCCAACUUCUGACCUUUUCCCAUCAUCUUAAAGUGGGAUUCUCAUCGCACUCGGCCUGCCAGUUACCCCUCAACCUUCUCGGCACCUCAGCUCCAGGAUCACAUGAUAUGAGUGCCUGACUCCUGGCUGUAACCCCAGCAACUGGGAGAUCAAGACAGGAAGGGCAGAAGUUGAUUGUCAUCUCUGUCUACAGAGUGGGUUACAGGAUAGCCUGGGUUAUACAGAAGCAAACCAAGGCGAAAGUUUGAGAAACACUGAAGGAUCCAAUGUGGGACGGAGUGGGAAGCGGGCAGGACAAAGGCCCUCAGGUUCUACGGGAAGCUCAUGGACUGACUCUGAAAUCAGGGUCUUCCUGCUAGAGUGGGAAGUAGUUGAACAAGAAAUGGGCCACCCAGGCAGGAAGAUCCACAAGAAAACCAGGGCUCUCUGCCGACGCCUCUAUCAUCGGGGCCUGAAGAAGAGCUGGGAAAGCUGUUUUGAUCUACUGCUGAGCCUACGGGAUCUGCACAGGACUCUUUGUAACGAGAGACCAGGGAUUGAACCCUUGUUUUCUCCUUAUGCAGAGGCUCUGUACAGGAUCCUGGGCUCCAGUCCCCAGGGAAGCCAUGUCCCAGGUCCUCUCAAUGAUGGGGCUGGUAACCUUCCACUUUCCAUGUACCCUCAAACUCCCAGGAACCAGCCUUGGGAUUAUGGUGUUGCUGUUCCUUCUGCACAGCUUCAAGGGAACGCACUACCAAUGAUGUCACGGGAGGAGUCCCUGUUUCCAAGAGGGGAACGCUGGAACCCCAGCCAUUCAAUGUCAUCUCCAAACUUACUUCCUGACUUUGCCCCAGGAGACCCUAGCUUACAGCAGCUAUGGCCCACCGCAGAAUAACACCAAGAUCCUCGAUGAAGACAAGUGGCCUUUCUUUGUUUAUUUUCCGAAAACCCUGGGAUUGUGAAACCUUGUGGGUGUGGGCAUCUUUCUCUACCUCAUAAAGGAAAAAAAAUGUGGAGUUCAAUAAAGGUCCUUAUAGUGAUUCUC